AUGACUGAUAUACAAAUACAAAAUCAAAAUAAUAAUUUGGGUACUAAUAAAAAAGAAUUUGACCAUAGAUUUGAUGAUAAACCGUUAAGAAUCUUAUGUGUAAAAAACAUACCAAAAGAGACAACCGAAAAUGAAUUAUUAGAAUUGUUUAAACCGUUUGGUUCCAUAGAAAAUAUAAAUCUUAAAGUCAAUAAAAAUGUUGGGCCAUAUGCUAUUUAUGCACAUGUUUAUUUUAGUUCUCCGGAGGAGGCUAAAAGAUGUCUAAAGCAAAUGAAUGGAAAAAUUUUAAAUGGUCGAGCUUUAAGAAUUGAUUACAAAAAAAAUCAUGCAAAAUUAGGUGAUGGAGAAGAAGAUAAUAAUAAUUAUAAUAAUAUGGGAAACAAUAACCUGAAUAACAAUAAUAAAUUUCAUAAAAAGACGAAUCGAACAAAUCAAGUUUAUAACAAUCAGCUUUACAAUAAUCGUUAUGUUAAUAAUAAUAAACGCCCCAUGCGAAAUGGAUUUAUAAUAGGAGAUGGAUUGAUCAACCAACAUGAAACAGACAUAAAUUAUUCUAGAGAGUAUGAACCAAACAAAAGAAUGCGUAUGGGAAAUUUCAAUGACCCCCCAAAUAUAAACAACAUAAAUAAUGAUGCAGAUUUAAAUAAACUAUUAAGAGAAUAUGAAAAUAAAAAAGACUCAAAUAAUAAUGAAGUUGAAAAUAUUAUCCAAACAUUGAUUAAUGGAAUGACACAUAAAAUGCCAAGAGUAAAAUUAUUUUUGUGUGAUCAUUUGAGAAAAUGUGUUCAGCAUGUUUUUAAUAGGCCUUGUAUAAAUAUAACAAAUAAUAAUAAUUUAAACAACUUAACCAAUUUAAAUAACAUUCCUUUUCCUGGGCCUAACCAUGAACAUAAAAACAAUAUUAUAUCGAAUUUACAAAAUUAUCAAAGUAUUAACGAAUUUGAAAAAGAAAAAAUAUACAACAAUAGUAAUACCAUUUUGUGGAAAGGAGUUCUUGAAAUGAAAAACAAAGACAGCUUAAGCAUUAAUGCAUAUGGAUUAAAUGGUGAUGUAAAUAAUUUCUUAAAUAAUAAUAUAAAAAAUAUAAUAAUUAGCCACAGAAAAAAAAUGAAAAAUUUACCGAAAAUUGAAGCCAUUUAUCAUUUUGAAAUACAAAAUGAAAAAGAUAUAAAUAUUUUUGAAUCAUAUAAAAAUUAUUUUAAUAAUAAAGAUAGAGUUGGUUUAGCAUCAGCAAAUGAAAAUUGGCAUUUUUAUAUUAUAUUCCCUGGGACACCAAUAUUUAAUGAAAUUCUAAAUGCCAAUAAUAAUAUUCAAACAAAUUUCAAUAACACCUUUAUAGGCGUUGUAUCAUAUAAUCCUCAAAUAUUAGAAAGAAAUAUUCCAAGAAAAAUAAAUCCUUCCCACGAUGAUGCGCCAAUUAUUAACACGCCUCCUCCUACUAAUAAUAAUAACAAUAGUAAUAAUAAUAACAAUUUUCCAAACAACUUUCCAAACAAUACUGAAGAACAUAAAAAUAGUGAGUCCGAAAUAAAUACCAAUGAUCAAACUGAAAAUGAUGAUAAUAAAAAUGAGUUACCAAAUUGGCUGAAUCAAUUUAGCUCUCUAGCAGCAUAUCUUGUCAAAAAAUAA